GUGAAAUUUUCUAUUCAAUCAGACCAUGCCCUAAAUGCUAAUUUUUUAAAUUCAUCAGAAUGGUGGUAUGACAUGUUGAAAGGAUGGACUACAUCACCAAACCUAAUGUGGAGAAUGUGUUGCUGCAGAGAAACUUGAGGAUAAGUAAAAACUACAUAACUGGAACAUUAUACACAUUUCCCACCUCGUUUUUGUUCAAAUGUAACGAAUCAGAUGCUACUUCUAAAGGUCUACUGAGUAUUCCUGGUGGGGAGAUCCAAGUACCACAUUGUCAAAUAGAAUCGAUUGAAAGGCUUAACCUGACACCUUCUGGAACUCCCCUUUACAUAAGAUGUAAAACAUUCCUGGUAUUGAAGUUUAUAUUUAGAAGAGAACCUGAUGCAAAUGAUGUUGAGAGGACAUUAAACAGACUUUCCCGACCAGUUUCAAUAGAAGAGAUAUCUGUACUCAACUACCGCCCCAACUCUGUUCACUGCCUUGCAUCACAACGGUCUGGCUGGCAUGUAUUCGAUAUAAACAUAGAGUAUGCCCGGUUUGGAGUUCCAAAUAAUGAUUGGAUACAAUGCUGGCUGAACAAAGAUUACAAACUCUGUCCUACUUAUCCUAAGUGGUUGUUUGUCCCUUCUGAGGCAACAUCAGAGAUUGUGACAGGUAGUGCUAAGUUUCGAAGUCAAGGACGACUUCCAGGUCUGUCUUUUAUCUAUCAACCAACUGGUGCUGCUAUUUGCCGCUGCAGUCAACCUUGUGUAGGCAUUACUAAUAAUAGAUCUGAAUUUGAUGAGAAAAUGGUGAGUUGCAUCAGAAUGGCAAAUAAGAAGAGCAAAAACAAGAUUUACAUCGUUGAUACUCGUCCUAAAGUAAACGCAAUGGUCAACAAAGCAGGGGGAAAGGGAUAUGAGGAUGUUAAAAAUUACACCGAUGUUCUGUACAAAAACUUUCCAAUCCAAAAUAUCCAUGUGAUGAGAGAAAGUAUGGCAAAGUUGAGAAAUACGCUCGAGAUGGCAAUCAGUCCAUCUGCACAUUUGUCAGGAGUUGAAGAAUCUGGUUGGCUCUCCCAUGCAAAGGUGGUUUUAAACACAGCAAAAUUUAUUGCUCGAGCUGUGUCAGUGGAAGGUUACUCAGUUCUUAUUCACUGUUCUGAUGGAUGGGACAGAACAGCACAAACUUCAUCCCUGUCACAGAUCUUGCUUGAUCCUUACUACAGAUCACUCAAUGGGUUUCAAGUUUUAAUCGAAAAAGAAUGGCUGGCCUUUGGACAUAAGUUUGUUGACCGAUGUUCCCUGCUGUGUAGAAACCCUGAUGAAGCUUCGCCAAUAUUUCUACAAUUUCUCGAUUGUGUAUUCCAGCUGCAAAAUCAGUUUCCUACCCACUUUGAGUUCAAUGAAAACUAUCUUAUUGAGCUGUAUGACAUGCUUACGGCUGGUAAGUUUGGAACAUUCCUAGGCAACAAUGAAAAAGAUAGAAAUCGCCAAAGGCUCUCGGAAAGAACAUUUUCUAUCUGGGGAUACUUAUGGGAGAAUAUCAACAAGUUCAUUAACCCAUAUUUUGAGCAUGGAGCAGAUAUAAACUCAGAUAAUAGCCAGGUCCUCCAUCCUUCCACUGAUGAUAGAGAUUUACUGCUGUGGACCAAAAUGUACUGUAGAUAUGAUCUGUGCUGUGAGGCUAAAACUGCCAUGGAUAUUGACGUAGAAACUUCUAAUGAUUUGAAAGUGGUCACUGAGAAAUUGUCCGAAGCAGAAGUUGGAAAUUAAUGAAGUAGCUUUAGCUGAAUUUUUGUUGCUCCAUCUGGCCAGUUUUAAGAUUGAUUGAUGUGAUUCUAUAAGAGACAAAGUGCUUGUUUUCUUUGCAUUGUAGUGCAUUAGGAAGUCAAGAAAUUCACUCUAUUUCACUGUAGUUAUCAAUUAUUGUGCUUUUUGUCGUUUUUUGUAAAUUUUUAAUGUUGACAGCUGGUUUCUGUUUUGACACACGUGUACUUGAUGCUUUUGUGUUGUACUUUUGUUCCUGGUACCACUUCAAAAAUUUAAACAUUUUCUGAUUUUUCUG